AUGGAAUGCUUAAUGGGCAUCAAAUGUAACGAUUACGUCCUAUUAGCUUCGGACACAGUGAACUUGGAAGGCAUAAUCGUCGUUAAGGUGGACGACGAAAAGCUACAAAAAUUAGGCACCAAACUGGUUAUGGCUGUGGCUGGACACAAAGGGGACAAAACAAUGUUCACUCAGUACGUAGCCAAAAACCUCCUGCUGUAUAAAAUGAGGAACGGCUACGAAAUGAGACCGCACGAGGCCGCCCAUUUCACCAGGAAAAGUUUGAUUGAUUUCUUAAAAAGCAAGUCGUGUCUUGUGAACCUUCUGAUUGCCGGAUACGACGAUAAGGAUGGGCCGCAGCUGUUCUAUAUGGAUUAUUUGGCAGCGUUGGCCGACGUUAAUUAUGCAGCUCAUGGUUACGGUGCUCUAGUUUCGCUACCCAUUUUGGAUCGGUACUAUCAGACGGAUAUGAGUGUCUCCGAUGGUUGUAGACUGUUAGAGAACUGCGUUCAACAGGUUCAGAAGAGGCUUAUGAUUAAUUUGAGUAAAUUUAAGAUUCAAGUCAUUGAUAAAGAUGGCGUUAGAGAUUUGCCUAAUUUUACUCAAAAGUUAUUAGUUAAUUAA